AUGGCGGCAGCCGAGCAUGCGAUCCCAAUUUGCGAUGAGGCAGUCACGAUGGAGCUGCCCUCUCUUCCGCCCAACCAGGGCUUAGAGGCCAUGAAAGACAUUGCGUUCGGGUCGGUUGCCGGAAUGGCAGGAAAAUUAAUCGAGUAUCCCUUCGAUACGGUCAAAGUCCGACUCCAAUCCCAACCGGAUCACCUUCCGCUCCGAUAUGCCGGCCCGGUGGAUUGCUUUAGGCAAUCCUUCCAGGUGGAGGGACUUCGGGGCUUGUAUCGGGGCAUCAGUGCGCCUAUGUUCGGCGCCGCCGUCGAAACCAGUUGCCUGUUCUUCAGCUAUCGCGUGAUUCAGGAUGCCUUGCGGGCAACUGUCUUUCCGGGAGUGGACAAGCUGCCCUUCAUGGCGCUGAUUGCCAGCGGCGCUCUUUCGGGAUCCGUCACCUCCUUGGCCCUCACACCCAUCGAGCUGAUCAAGUGCAAGAUUCAGGUCCCCGUUGAAUCCACAGGACUCAAGCCCAUUGGCCCGUUGGGCAUGGUCGUCCGCGUCUUUCGGGAAGAAGGCCUUCGAGGGUUCUGGCGAGGUCAGAUGGGGACCUUGAUCCGUGAGACGGGUGGCACCGCCGCCUGGUUCGGAGGGUACGAGGCCGCAACCUCCUUGCUGCGCAGUUACUCUCAGCCUGGAUCAUCCGAAUCCACCGAGUCGCUUCCUGUCCACCAACAGAUGUUGGCUGGGGCCUCGGCGGGUAUCAGCUACAAUUUCUUAUUCUAUCCGGCGGACACCAUCAAGUCGCGCAUGCAAACUGCGGACGUUUCACUUCUUGCCGCCUCUGGAGAACGGCAGACUUUUGCCAGCGUGGGACGAGCGAUCUGGCGACAACAAGGUCUCAAGGGUUUGUACCGCGGGUGCGGGAUCACCUGUGCGCGAUCAGCGCCCAGUUCCGCCUUUAUCUUUUCCGUCUAUGAAGGAUUACGAUCGUACUUUGGGUGA